AAGCAGAUGAUCAUGAUGAUGAUGAUGAUGUUGGAUCAAGGGUCAAUCUCGUGUGAAGAUGAUUCAAAUGCAAUUGCUGCUGCUGCCGCUGCUUGUCAGCGAACAGAGCAAGGAGAGACAGCAUCGCCCAGUAUCGCGAGGGACCGUUGGAUUUAGUGCAACCGUGGGCAGGCGGUUGGAACGGUUCAGUUUCUUCGGUCGCGCGUGGUGCAGCAGCAUAUUUCCGGCGCAACAAAAAAAAAAACAUCAAAAACGGCAGUUACGUUCCGUUGGCGCAUUUUAAAUUUCCUUUUUGCGUUCGCGCUUGUCGAUUUGUCAAAAGCACGUUUUUGACGUUCUUGCGCGCAUAGCGCGACACGGCAGGCCACACAGCAGGCUGGGUACGGUGAUUCGGAUCGAUAUUGGAGCGCUAGAACUUUUAUCACCUUCCGGGGCAACACGGUGUAGGUCUAGCAAGGAAGGCAUCCCAGCAGGCGCAAAGCAACGGGGUCGCCUGCUGCAGUUGACGCUACUGUUUUGUGGCAUUUUCGGUUGUCGGUUUUGGUGGUGGACGCAUUCAAUGUGAGCGAAAAAGGUGGUCCCCUUUUAUUGACCAGUGCCAAAGUGAUAGUGUGUACCACAGUGUGUGUGUGCCAAAGGAUUGAAAAGGUGGCUCGCAUCAGUAGCUCGAAAAAAUGGGUGUAAAUGAUAGUGAAGCUCGCAAGGAUUCGAUUACAUCAUCGCUCUGCUCGUCACAUUUGGAUCUGGAGCUGCUGCAGCGAAUGUUUGUAAAGAAUGAGCCAGAUGUAACGAUUGACUCGUACGAGGAAGCGCAAGGGUCGGGACGCGGCGACAACUACACGGCCGCCCUCUUCCGCAUCGCGCUCAAGGGCCACACGCUGCCGGACGACGGCACGAAAAAGCUCAAGUGGGAAAAGAGCAUCAUCUGCAAACGGCUGCCGGACUGCAAGAUCAAGCGCGAAGCGUUCAAAAGCGAGGCGCUGUUCCGCAACGAGGUCGUGUUCUACAACACCAUCAUGCCCGAGUACGUGGCGUUCCAGCGGCGGCAGGUGGAGACGGUCGGCGCAGGCACCGACGUGCCGGCGAGCGAGCGGCUCUUUCAGGCCAUCCCGCACUGCUACCUGGCCCGGGACGAUCUGAUCGUGCUGGAGGAUCUGCGGGUGCGCUCGUUCACGAUGCCGGACCGGCAGGCGGGCCUCGGACCGCAGCAGCUCGAGGCGGUGCUGGCGGAGCUGGCCCGCUUUCACGCGGUCAGCCUCGCGUACCAGCGGCGCCAUCCGGCCGAGUUCCGGCAGCUGACCGGCGCGCUCGAGGAGGGCAUCUUUUCGCAGGCGAACGAGGAAUGGUACCGCCGGUACUACGACGUGCUGACGCGCAACGCCAUCCAGAUGGUGCGGCAAACGGUGCCGGAAAAGCGGGACCAUCUGGCCAAGCUGGAGGCGUUCCUGGGCAACUGUUUCGGCCACCUGGUGGAGCUGGUAAACCGGACCAGCGAGCUGUCGGUCAUCUGCCACGGCGACUGCUGGACGAACAACAUACUCUUCCGGUACGAUGAGGCCGGCGCAAUCGCUGAGACGUGUUUGGUGGACUUUCAGCUCAUCCGGCACGGUUCGCUAGCGCUCGAUCUCGCCUACCUGAUCUACUGCUGCACCGAUGGGGCGCUGCGCAAGAAGAGCCUGCAGCACUGGCUGCAGACGUACCACCAGCAGCUGGUACGCUCGCUGCGGUUGCUGCUGGGCGACGGUGGGUUCGCCGAAGCGUUCGGCUCCGACCAGCGGCUGUGGGAGCAGAUCGGCGACGAGUUUAGGGUGUGCGCCCGGUUCGGGCUCGGCGCGGCCAUGGACAUGCUGCCGAUCAGCACCUGCUCGUCGGAGGAGGCGCCCGAUCUGUACGCGAGCGGGACGGAGACGGCCGCCACGCCACCCGAGCUGAACGUGCCGCCCAACGAGCUGUGCCGGCAGAAGAUGACCAUGCUGGUGCUGGAGCUGAUCGAUGGCGGCAUGCUGUGAGGCGCAGAAACGAAGGAACGCUGACGGUGGCGGUUUAAAGGCUCUCUAGGAGGAAGGCGUGCCGGUCGUUACUAGCGAUACCUGAGCGUUGGGACCCGCGAGGGGAGGGUCCGGGGAAUGUUGGCAGUAUUUUAGGGGCCCCGCAGGGCUGUAGCAAAUGUACUAUUCGUUAGUCAACUGUGCCGAUUAUGCACUAUGCUCGUGCUCGUUUAUGCUACCCAAUGACAAUAAAUAUAUGAUAUUAUGCACAAUCGCUGUAAACGGGACAUAAUUCUUACAGGGAGGGGAAAAAGGCUUCGAACAGGUUAGUAUGUUUUUGCUUCUUUAUUUAUCAGUGUUUUACCAUUACCCACGGAGGUUGGUGUAAUAUUAAAUGGGUUUUGUUUGUUUUUUAAUGCUAAACGCGCACUGCUUAUCUUACGAUGGAAAACUUGUUCGCCCAACUUCGCGCGAGUGUAUAUUUGGAGCUAGGUAUUAAUAUUAAAUGAAACAAUAAGGCGACAAAACACAAACGAAGAAGCGACCAUCGAAACAAGUGUUUGUUUUCUCUUCUUCUUCUAUCGCUACAGGUUGGGGGGUUUUGUUUGUUUUCCACUUCAAGCUCUCGUAUGCAAGGCCCGUAACCGAGGGCGGCCUAUGCGCGAAGAAAAAUGCACGACACACAUACACACAUACGUCCUAUAUGUAAGAAAAAGUAACAUAACGAAACCACCUGACCAAACACACGUUCCAAAACGUGCGGCUAUCGAGGCCACAUCUAAAUCGCACAGACACAAGAAACAUGCUUUCGGUCCCAUUCUUUGACAAAUUCUAGCAAACUUUGGCUUGUCCUUCCAGCGUGUGAAUAGUAAAAAUGUUUUGCUAGCGAUUAUCUUAAUUGUAAACCCUAGCUAGUGGUACACAAAAACAAAAAAAAUGAGAAGAAUUGAAGCACAAAGCUCAUUCAUUCUAUCGUAGUAUCAUUAGUAGCUAGUAGUAGUAGUAGUAGUAGUAGGGCGCUUCCCGAAAACAAGCAACAAAGCUCUACCGUUUCCUAUGUGCUUCUUCAUAUCAAUGUUCGUUUUUUCGCCUCAAUUCCCAAAUAUUUCACGCUUAGUUAUACCCUCGCUUUUCCCCUUUUUCCUAUACCAGAGAUGCGUAUUUAUCAAGACGUUGUGCGUAAAUAAAUAGAUGAUGCUUGUUGUUUGGUGUGUGUUACAGGUUUGGUUUAAACUGUUGAGAUGAGUGUGCUGAAACUGAAACUUAGAUUGCUAUCAGAACAAAACAACCUACACACUAUUGCACAUCUGCCGAACGCUCGCUACCCUUCGGUGUGCUUUGCUGUACGUCAUCUACCGACAGUUUUGUACUUCGGAGCAUCCCGAGCACUUAAAUAAGCCAUAUAAUUGUUCCAAUGAU